UGUUUAUUAGUCUUCCUUAAAAAUGACUCUAUUUUUUUUAAAACUUUAAUACAUAUUAUUUUAUAUGUGAUAACGCUUACGUGAUAUAUGUGAUAACGAUAACGAUUUAUAUAAGAUCUGUAAUAAACAGAAAAUAAAAAUUGAUGGCAAAAGAAUCGCAAUCUAUGGAUUUUUGAAUGCAUAGAAAUGAAACAGUUUGAUCAAAUGUCGAUUUAAGGAAAAACUUCUUUGAAAAACUGUUUUCUUUUAUUUGAUGUCCAGGAAGGAAAAUUGACUUCAAUUUUAGAAGCAAAGCUUCACAUUGUCGAUCAUUUUCUUGUGAGUAGAAGUUAUUAUUUAAAAGUAUCAUUUUUUCAACAAAAUAAUACAAAACGUUUAGCAAAUUGAUUUUCAAAUCAAUUUUUGCAUAGUUAAAAAUCUUAUAAACAUUAUUUCAGAUACGAAAAAAAACAUUUGCAUACUCAAUUGCAUUUUUAACAUCACACUUUUAACAAAUCCAUAUUUUACAAAUGGAAAUCCUUAGCAAUAUUGAAAUGAAAGAUUCUCUUAGUGAUUCCGAAUUGAAAGUUUCAUUUCAAGAUUCACUUAGGAAGAGUUCUCUUGACGAUUCAGAAAGGAAAGAUGCUUUUAAUGAUCUAGUUAUGAAAAAUUCGCUUGGUGAUGCAGAAAUAAAAGAUUCUUCUUGUGAUGCAAUAAUAAAAGAUGCUCUUAGUGACACAGGAAUAAAAUAUUCUCAUUGUGACGCAUUAAUAAAAGAUUCUCUUUGUGACCCAUUAAUAAAAGAUUCUCCUUGUAACACAUUGUUAGAAAGUUCUUGUGAUGCAUUAAUACAAGAUUCUGCUUGUGAUGCAUUAAUACAAGAUUCUGCUUGUGAUGCAUUAAUACAAGAUUCUGCUUGUGACGCAGUAAUAAAAGAUUCUCCUUGUGGCGCCUUAAUACUAGAUACUGUCAGUGGCACUAGAAUAAAAAGUUCUCUUUCUGACGCAGAAAUAAAAGACUCUCCUUGUGACGCAUUAAUAAAAGAUUCUUCUUGUGAUGCAUUUGUAAAAGGUUCUCUUAGUGACAUAGAAAUGAAAGAUCUCAGUUGUGACACAUUAAUAAAAACUGCUCAUAAUGACGAAGAAGCAAAAUAUUCUCUUAAUAACUCAGAACAGAAAUACUCUCUUAAUGACUCGGGACAGAAAUAUUCUCUGAAUGACACAGAACAGGAACAUUCUGUUAAUGACUCAGAACAGAAAUAUUCCCUCAAUACUUCAAAACAGAAAAAUUCUCUUAAGACAGAUUCGAAAUGUCAUAAAUGUGACGUUUGUUAUAAAUCAUUCGGUAGCAAUUUCAAGUUGAAAUGCCAUUAUCGUCUUCACACAAGGAAAGAUCUUUUCGAAUGCGUGCCAUGCAACAAAAGUUACUCUCGAAUGGAAGGUUUGAAGAAACAUCUGCGGUCUCAUACUAAUGACAAGCCCUUUAAGUGCGAUAUUUGCAACAAGUCGUUUGCGAGCAAGACUCAUUUACGUGACCAUUUCCGAACUCACACGAAUGAGAGGCCUUUCGCUUGCGAAGUGUGUGGCAAAACUUACAAACAGAAAAACCAAUUAAAUGUGCAUCAUCUGACUCAUACAAACGAGAAACCUUUUGUAUGUGGUAUCUGUGGGAAAAGUUAUAAAGAAAAGACUACCUUAACCAAUCACUACCGUGUACAUACAAAUGAAAAACCGUUCGCCUGUGAGGAAUGUGACAAAACAUUCGCCAUAAAAGGUCUUUUAAAUAGGCAUAUGCUUAUUCAUACAAAGACAGAGAAAAUUUAUGAGUGUGAAAUAUGUUGGAAAGCAUAUUCUCAAAUACGUUAUUUGCGCAAGCACAGCUUAAUUCAUACUGAGGAAAAACGUCAUGCAUGCGACAUGUGCAACAAAAAAUUUAAAGACAAGACUGGUUUGAAUAAACAUCUUCGUACCCAUACGACUGAAAAGUCUUUUAUGUGCGACAUGUGUGGCAAGUUUUUUUCAACCAAAGAAAAUUUAAAAGAACACUUUCGAAGUCAUUCGAAUGAGAGACCUUUCGCUUGUGAUAUAUGCGAUAAAACUUACAAAAAGAGAUGUCAUUUAAAUGUGCAUUAUCUAACUCAUACAAGUGAGAAACCAUUUGUUUGUGAUGUCUGUGGAAAAGGUUAUACGCAAAAGACUACCUUGGCCGAUCACUAUCGUGUUCAUACAAAUGAAAAGCCUUUCGCUUGCGAAGAGUGUGGCAAAGCAUUUUCUCUAAAAUCUGUUUUAAGCAGACAUAUUCUUACACAUACAAAGGCAGGGAAAAUUUACGUGUGUGAAAUAUGUGGCAAAGGAUAUACUCAAGAACGUUAUUUGCGUUCACAUUAUUUUGUUCAUGCUGAGGAAAAGCGUUAUUUGUGUGACAUAUGCAACAAGAGAUUUACAGACAAGAGUGCUUUGAAUACCCAUCAUCGUACUCAUACUAAUGAAAAACCUUAUUUUUGUGCCGUGUGUUUUAAAGCGUUUUCCUGCAGAACUAAUUUGAAUCAACACAAUCGAACUCACACAAACGAGAAACCUUAUGUGUGUGAAGAAUGUGGAAAAGCAUUUUCUCACAAACCGCAUCUGAAAUCACAUAAAGUUACACAUGUGAAGAGCAAGCUUAUGUGGGACAUAUUUCAUUCAAUGAUUCAGCAAAAGGACUAAAUAAAUUUUAUCACAUUAAUGAAAUUUGGUAUUAAAAUUUUUUAACAUUUUCAAAGCUUAUUUUUUCUUGUAAUGAUAUUGAGAUUAAUUUAAUUAAUGAAAUUAUUUUUGCUUAUUUGCUAAAAUUAAUGUGAUUAAUUUUUAUUUAAUUCAUUUAUCAAGACACUUUAAUAUAAUUUAAGAAACUGAAAUAUCUGGGGUUUUAUUCCAUCGAAUAAUUUGAUGAAUUUUAAUACUAGCCUUUUUCUUUUACACAGUAAGUUACUA